AUGUAUCAGUCAAGCCUUUUUAUCCUCGUUAUCUCAAUUUCCGUUAUUUCUUCUGCUUCUUCAUUGUCGACUAUCGUCCACUCACCUACAACUCUUCACAUUACUAACAGAGACUUCAAGGUAUCCCAAAAUACAGCUACUUCUGCAACAUCCAUCACUGUGAUACUUCCCCGACCAUUUAGGAGGUAUUCAGCUUUGUGGGAAGGUUGGACUGGAUGGUGCAGCUUUACAGUGACUACUGCUCGACGACCCCCCAAAGAACCCGACAGUCAACACACCAGAGUGAUCCCCCUAGAAAUCCUCCAAACUAUCGCUUCUUACUCAGAUCACCAGACCCUCAUUGCGCUGAUGAGUGUCCCCCAAGGUGCUUACGAGGCUGCCGGGCGUUUACUUUAUAGGAAGAUCAGAAUAACCAAGGAGAACUCAACCAUGGUGUUCAUGGGUAUGGCUAGAACACACCCUGCACUUAGACCCUAUAGAUCAAAGAAACCUCUCGAUAUGUCAAAGAUCAAGGAUGAAAACGAAAGUGGACAAAGAAGGGAUAUCAUUUGGCCCAGACGUAAAGUUGAAUCAGAAGAUGAAGUUGAGGAUGAUCCUACAGUCAAGACGAGUUUCAUGACUCAUACCUAUACCACCGACUAUCCAACUCUGCGAUCGCAUGAGCGGAAACGCACUCUCCUUUCCCAAGUCAGACAUCUCACAAUUGGGUCUAUCCCUAAUAGAUUCGUUAUUGAAGACAUGUCAACAUGGAGUUUCGCACUGAGCAGCGUAAUCAGGCUGCAUCGAAGGAAACGGAUCUUCAGUAAAGUUAAAACACUAGUCUUGGAGAGUCAUCCUAUAUUGGAGAUGUAUGAUUGGUAUAAUUGA